GUCUGCACGUUGCUUGAUGGUGACUAAUAACAAAUAACAUUGUCUCAUAAUAAACCAGAAGUCAGCGCUGUUUACAUGCGUCUUGGGGGAUUCAAUAUAAAAAGGAGAGCUUGCAGAACUAGAAUCACUCCAACUGGAAUACCGACACACUGAUUGAAACAUUAUUGAUCUUGAAGCACAGAACCCAAUCUUUGCAUUUGACGGGUUUUAAAACAUCGUGUCUGUUUUGGGUUAACGAAGUUAUUGAAUUCUAUGACUUUCAAAUUUGAAGAAUUUUAAUUGAUUUCAAAAUGGAAUUACGCAUGUUUUUUUCACUAAUGUUUGUGAUCUAUUCUGGACUUGUAGAUGCAGUUGCCUCGGCUGUCUCUAUCUCCGAGUUCCCGACUGUUUCCAGUGCCCCCUUGCGGCAUGUCAGGUCAAAACGCUGCUCCUGUUCUUCAUUCUUGGACAAGGAGUGCGUCUACUUCUGUCACCUAGACAUCAUCUGGAUCAACACACCAGAACGAACUGUCUCCUAUGGACUUGGAAGCCCUCCAAGAAGAAAGCGGUCACUUCAGGAAUCUGUUUUGGACACGCUGGUAGAUACACGCCCAAGAUGCAAAUGCUCAAAUAUGAAGGACAAGAAGUGUCUGGAUUUGUGUCAGCCUGAAAUAGACUUAAGGAUGCUACCCCCACAAGAAAAACGGGAAAACUUCCAAGAAAAAAGCACAGAUUGUGCAGGAAAGCAAUGCAUAUAUAAUCUGGCAACCAACAACAGGAACAUUAAAAGGUUAAAGUACAGAAGCCACAGCAGCACCCUAGCAUUGAUUGUGAAUGCCAAACUGAAAACCAGGCUUUUAUUAGAGAAGUGGAGGAAAGGCUGGAGUAACAGGUCUAAAAUGUGGGAGAGUCUGAUGGCAGCCUCCUAAAACCACCGGGACAGCCAAGUCUGGAUUGUUUGUUUUAGGCAUAUCAGAGAAGCUUGUUGGUAUAGCUCUGUCAAAACAGUGUAGCCUUCCGUUCUGGCAAGAGACCAUGGAUAAUUGUUUAAAGUUUCUGUAGCAGAAGGAUAUAUGACAGGACCAUCUUGCCAACAUCCCACGGAAAAGGAUUGGAGUGUUAAACACCUGGUGUGAGGAGGACUAGGGGAAAUCCCUUUAAAAUAUAUUGCUGCUUGAGGAGUGUUAGUAAAAGCGAGAACCUUUUGCGAAUAAGCUGAACUAGAAUGUUAUACUCAGGCAAUUGUUGCAUGGUGGCUUUUCAGCAUGCAUACAUUACCAGAAUCGAUGGAUGUGAACUGGGUACUGGAGGCACAACCUCUUUUGCACCAAAUGAAGAAUCUGCUAAAUGCGUGACAUUCCUGAUCAGACAUUUCCUAAAUGACGUGCCUACCUCUUUCACACUUGUCUAUGCAUAAGUGCCCCUGCCUGCAGUGUGCUUCGGCUGCUUCUGUGGGAGCUUUCCUUCACCCUGCAGUUUAGUUACUGACAAAUCCAUGCAUUUGAAAAAGUAUUCGUACUCACACUGUGAGAAUACGUUGGACCUAAAAGAACUAACAUUUUGUGUUUGUAAAUAAUAACUAAAAGUCACAGUUCAACUAAGAGCAAUCAGCACAUUGCUCUUACUGAGCUUGGGCAAGAACAUUGAAACACAUGCAGUAUGCAAACAUGACUGAUAUUUCACUAAGAACUCUAAAAAGUCAUGCCUCUAUGGGCCAGUCUGGAGAAUAGAAUUAGCUUUUUCCACUCCUAGCUUUCCUGAAUGAAAUAUAUCCAGAACACUUUGUAGGCCUUGUAACCUGCUGUCCAGGCUGUCCAUGAUGUUAUGUUAUAUAUUCCUCUUUUUUUGUCCAACCCCUGUACAUGCCUUGCUGUUACAGGAUGAAUACCCAGUGUUAACAAACAGUGCAUGGACACGUUUGAGUCCUUAAAUAAACCUUACAAGUUUGUUUGCUAAUUGUUUUGUAAAAUGAACCAUUCCAUUUUUACUUAUACAAAAUAUGGAACAGAUUGUGAUCACUCUGUCACAAAAUGGAGUCUAUUUUAAUGAUCUUAACUGUGGCAGAUCUAACACUGACAUUCUUAAACUCUGCAUUAAUCCAGCUGAGGUGACGUAUUAACAUUACUACAUACAAUUAAAAAAAUACAGUGAAAUGACACAGAAAAUCUUAUUCAAGAGCUUAGCUAGCUAACCAUUGUCUUUCUAAAAAUGUUGUUAUAUAUAUAUUUUAUAUAAAUAUUUAUAAAAAAAAAAAAAGUGGUCCCAGUAUUUUCUUGAAAUGUAUAUGGCUUUUAGUAUGAUUUAACCAUGUUAAAUAUGUGUUUAAUACAGGCCAUGUUGGUCUAUGAUCUGUAUGUAUUUCUUUACGAAACGUUUCCAAAUGCUGUUGUACCCAGAGGGGAAAAUCCCUUUGAAAAUAAAUAAUGAAAUACA